UAAAUUAAAAUAUCACGCGACUGAUGUAAUUGUCAUCAAAAUUUGGAUUUUAUUUGCUUUUCAUUCCACUAUCUAACAAACAAAGUCAUUGUUUUUGUAGUUACGUUUAAGUUGAAGCUUCGUUUUAAUUUUUCUGAUAAAAAUGUUAAUAUUAAAAAAAUUACGACCAAUUUUUAAAUCGAAUUUAAUGACAGGUCGUUUGUUAAGCACUACACCAAUCAAAUUGCAAAGUGUUGAAUCAAAAAUAGAAAAGCCCAAAGAAGUGCGAAUCGAAGUGCCAUGGGGACACAUCUCCGGGAUAUGGUAUGGACCGGAAAAUACCCAACCAAUCCUAUUGGUGCAUGGUUGGCAAGACUGUUCGACUGUGUUUGCGACUCUAAUCCCAUUGUUACCGCCUGAGUUCAGCUACUUGGCCAUCGACCUGCCAGGCCAUGGAUUUUCAUCACAUUAUCCCAAAGGGAUCUAUUACCAUGGAAUUGAUUUUGUGGCGCUCUUAGAAAAUAUUCGCCAAAAAUACAAUUGGCCACAAUUAUCGCUCCUCUCUCAUUCACUCGGUGCGAUUGUUUCAUCUGUGUAUGCAUCAAUAUAUCCGCAGAAUGUAAGAUGUGCGUGCGCUUUGGACACACUCAAAAUUCUGAGCGUCGAUCCAAAGCUGGUCGAACAAAUUCAAAAUUGGCAAAUGAAAAAGUUAAUCGCACUUAAUGACAAACAGCCACCGCCCGAGUACAGCUACGAUGAAUUGCCUGAACGAGUUUAUGUUGGUUCAAAGAAAUCCAUCGAUUUCGACAAAACAAAAUAUUUGAUUGAACGUGGCACAAUGCGAUCGUCAAGCGAUCCAAAUAAAUUCUAUUUCACUCGAGACAUUCGGGUCAAAUUUAUGCAUACGCUAUUUGUUGAUCAACAAACUGGUUUGGAGUAUAUAAAACGAAUCAAAGCACCUUAUUUAUUUAUAAGAGGUGACGAUCGUGAUUUUGCCGAAUCAGAAGACAAUAUUAACGAAGGCGUUGAAGUAUUUCGAAAGCAUAACAAACAAUUUGAAAUGAUGAAAGUGACGGGAACACAUCACUUUCAUCUGAAUCAACCGGAAAUGAUUGCGGAAAGAGUGGGGCAUUUUUUUAAGACGUAUCAUGGCCAAUAAUGACCAGGUGCAUUGAAUUGCACUGGAAAUAAAUAUUUUGAUGAACGUUCUAUUACCAUUUGGACUCGGAGUAUUUCGUUUACAAUUUGAAGAAAAAGACGUAUUUAUUUCAUAUGUUAAUAAGAUGUUAAUUCAUUGGAAAGGUAUUAAUAUAACUGUAUGUUGGUGUGAUUAAAAAAUGUUCAAAUUUA